GCCGCCAUCUUGGUCUUGAAGUCUAUAAAAGGGACCCUUCCCGUCCAGAUCUUCCAUUUUCUCCGGGGAUCGCAUUAUGUCUCACCGAAAAUUCAGUGCUCCCCGUCACGGGUCUAUGGGGUUCUACCCCAAGAAGAGGUCUCAGCGUCAUCGUGGUAAGGUUAAGGCCUUCCCCAAGGAUGACCCUAGCAAGCCUGUUCAUUUAACGGCCUUCAUCGGUUACAAGGCUGGUAUGACCCACGUUGUACGUGAAGCCGAUCGUCCUGGCUCAAAGGUGAACAAGAAGGAAAUCGUGGAAGCAGUAACAAUCCUGGAGACACCUCCCAUGGUGGUAGUUGGUGUUGUUGGAUACAUCGAAACUCCCCACGGUCUUCGUGCCCUCACCACUGUCUGGGCUGAGCAUCUCUCCGAGGACUGCCGUAGACGUUUCUACAAGAACUGGUACAAGAGCAAGAAGAAGGCUUUCACCAAAGCCUCCAAGAAGUGGCAGGAUGAUCUUGGGCGCAAAUCCAUUGAGAAAGAUUUCAAGAAGAUCGUUAAGUACUGCAAAGUCGUGAGGAUUAUCGCUCACACCCAGAUGAAACUGUUGAGACAACGUCAGAAGAAGGCCAACAUCAUGGAAAUCCAGUUGAACGGUGGUACCAUUGCCGAAAAGGUCCAGUGGGCACGUGAUCACUUGGAGAAACCAGUUCCAAUCACCAAUGUUUUUGCUUCCGAUGAGAUGAUUGAUGUCAUCGGUGUCACCAAGGGAAAAGGAUACAAAGGUGUUACAUCACGUUGGCACACGAAGAAACUUCCCCGUAAGACACAUAAGGGUUUGAGGAAGGUCGCCUGUAUUGGUGCAUGGCAUCCAAGCAGGGUCUCCUUCACUGUUGCACGUGCUGGUCAGAAGGGUUAUCAUCACCGUACUGAGAUGAAUAAGAAGAUCUACAGGAUUGGCCAGGGAAUUCACACCAAGGAUGGAAAGGUUGUAAAAAAUAAUGCCUCAACUGAGUACGAUCUCACUGAGAAAUCCAUCACCCCCAUGGGAGGUUUCCCCCACUACGGAGAAGUGAACAACGAUUUCGUCAUGAUCAAGGGAUGCUGCAUGGGUCCCAAGAAACGUGUCAUCACCCUCCGCAAGUCAUUACUGGUGCACACCAAACGUGCUGCCCUCGAGAAGAUCAACCUCAAGUUCAUUGACACGAGCUCCAAAUUCGGACACGGUCGCUUCCAGACAGCCGCCGACAAGGCCUCAUUCAUGGGACAACUCAAGAAGGACAGAAUUCGCGAGGAACAGGCACAGGCUGCAUCAACUGCUCCAUCGGCAGCUGCUGCCCAGUAAUUUUCUAUUUGUUGUAUUCUUCAGACAAUGAAUAGAGAAUCUUUAUAACAA